CGUAAUGUUUAAUGUCGUUUAAUCGUUUCGAAUGAAGAAGAACGAAGCACGCAGACAGGCAGUAGAAGAGAUCUUUUACCCGACUAACAAACCCAGCCGGGACCUUUCAGACUCCGCCGUGUUCGGAGUUAAUUCCGGCCGAUUUCCAUCGAUUUCCGCCGUCAAUUUCACCGGGAAUUCGCCGAUGGCACACCAGCCCUACGAUCCUUACUAUCUCUACCAUCAACCAGAUCCGAACUACAGUGACCGGAGCAAUAUCAACACGCUCUUCAUCUCCGGUCUCCCAGACGACGUCAAGGCGCGCGAGAUACACAACCUUUUCCGCCGCCGGCCUGGAUUCGACUCUUGCCAGCUCAAGUACACUGGACGCGGCAACCAGGUUGUGGCAUUUGCCACCUUUUACAAUCACCAAUCAGCUGUGACAGCGCUUCAUGCAUUAAAUGGUGUCAAAUUUGAUCCACAAAGUGGAUCAGUUCUGCAUAUUGAACUCGCCAGGUCAAAUUCUAGGAGAAAACAUAAACCAGGUGGUGGAGCAUAUGUUGUGAUAGAUAAAAGGAAAAAGUCAGAUAUCAAUGCCCAAGAAACAUCAAGUGAUGAUGGUGGCAGUGAACCUGAUGAACCAUCAAAGAAGACCGAACGAAGCGAGGCUGUGAUGACUCCUAGUAAUGCUUUAUCUGUUCCAUAUGAGCAUCAUGAAAAAACUGAUGGAGGACACUGCUCCACUUUGUUUAUCGCAAAUCUGGGUCCAAACUGCAACGAAGAUGAAUUGGGGGAAGUCUUGUCCAAAUAUCCUGGGUUCAACGUGCUAAAAUUGCGUGCUAAAAGUGGAAUGCCGGUUGCAUUUGCUGAUUUUGAGGAAGUUGAACAAGCUAGGAAGGUCAUGGAGGAACUUCAGGGCAGCAUGCUACCAUCAUCAGACCGUGGCGGCAUGCAUAUAGAGUAUGCACGGUCUAAAAUGAGGAAGUCUUAAUUGAAAAUCAUUCAUCAGUCUAGUAUGACUCAAAAAUACUGAUCGAUUUGCUGCAAGGAAUGCUUGCUUGUGGUUAUUGGCAGGGACCAUUUGCUGCUGCUCUGAAGUUCUGUGGCAUUAUUCAAUCUGGUAUCGGUUCAAGUGCUUGCAAACUACACAUCACUGCCUAAAUUGUGACAACUGAUGAUGUGAACUGAUAAACUCAUGCGCAUUUUAAGUAAAAAUAUGUAGUUAUGUUUUGUGAAGUGUUGGAA